AAAACCCUAAUUUAAACCCAGGGUUGAGGCUUGUGAGACUAAAACCCUAAAAUUCCGAAAAUUUUCAUCGAAAUGGGGAGCGACAGUGAAGGUGAGAAAUCGGUGCAAAGAGAGAAGGAGAGGAAGAAGAUACUUGCGUUAGCUCCUAUUGCAAAGCCUCUUGCUGGGAAGAAGCUUUCCAAACGAACACUCAAGCUUGUAAAAAAAGCGGCUGAACACAAGUGCAUAAAGAGAGGAGUAAAAGAGGUGGUCAAAAGUAUAAGGCGGGGUCAAAAAGGAGUAUGUGUAAUAGCUGGAAACAUAUCACCAAUUGAUGUAAUCACUCAUGUUCCUAUUUUGUGUGAAGAGGCUGAAAUUCCUUAUGUAUAUGUCCCCUCCAAAGAAGACCUUGCAACUGCAGGAGCAACGAAGAGGCCUACUUGUUGUGUUUUAGUGAUGACCAAACCUUCAAAGGGUGAACUUGCACAAGAGGUGCAAGAGAAACUAAAAUCAGAGUUUGAUCAAGUUGCAUCCGAUAUCACUGAGCUUACGACUUCACUUUUUUGAAACAAACACAAAUGUAUUUGGAAUGUAGGUUACAAUGGAUUAACAUAUUGGUAGUGUGACAUUCCAUUGUUUUUGUCUAGGGAUAAUGAUAUUUCUAUUGCCUUAUUUUAAAUGUUAUUGCUUGCUUAUUUUAAGGAAAAUCGCUAAAACUUAUCUAAAAGGAUUCUGCACGAAUUAUGUGUACUGUGAUUGUUUACCGUACAUGCGAAUGUGAAUGUUUGUUUCCUUUCGAAAC